UCUGCUCUUCAAACAGGAAGUUGUGUGCAUGUUUACGACGUUAUUUUCUUCUCAGCGACUUGCUUUUUUCAUCCCAAAAAGGCAUCUUUCCACCUUCAGUUUGCAAAAUGAAACAAAACUCAAAUGUUCCAGCUUUCCUCACCAAGCUUUGGACUCUUGUGGAGGAUUCUGAUACGAAUGAAUUUAUUUGUUGGAGUCAGGAGGGGAACAGUUUCCUCGUCAUGAACGAACAGCGAUUUGCCAAGGAGAUCCUUCCCAAGUUCUUCAAACACAACAACAUGGCUAGCUUUGUCAGACAGCUAAAUAUGUAUGGAUUUCGCAAAGUGAUGCACAUUGACACAGGCAUAGUGAAGCAAGAGCGUGAUGGACCAGUUGAAUUCCAGCAUCCUUACUUUAAACAUGGGCAGGAUGACUUGCUGGAAAACAUCAAAAGAAAGGUUUCUAAUGCAAGACCAGAGGAUACUAAGAUCAAACAGGAAGACCUGUCCAAUAUUUUGGCCAGUGUUCAGAAUGUUCAUGGAAAACAAGAAAGCAUUGAUUCCCGACUCAACACAUUGAAAAGAGAUAAUGAAGGUCUAUGGAGGGAAAUAUCAGACCUGAGACAGAAGCACUCCCAACAGCAGCAAAUCAUUAAGAAGUUGAUACAAUUCAUUGUCACAUUCGUAGAAUGUAUUUUACUUCUCAAUCUCCAUUUCAGACCUAUUCUACUGAACAACAAUGGAAAGAAGCCUAAAUACAUCCAUGAAAUCUACGAUGAACAACCUCUGGAGCACAACAAAGUAUGUGUAGAGCCCUCUGUCAGUGGUUUGAAGAACGCUGAUCUUACUGAUGAUGUUGUCAUCUGUGACGUAACUGACGACGAUGCAGAGAUCACAGAGGGCCCCUCAAUAAUGGAUCAAUCGGGGGAUGUAGAAAUUGUUGAGGUCUUCGAAAGCAAUACUGUGUCACCGACAGAUGGCGCUGACAAUCCAGGCCAGACCAACUCUUUGGUAUUUGAACCAGAAGAGACCACCAUAAGCACAUAUGAUAGCCUUCCAACCAGCAGCGUCUUGCAACUCAACAAACCAUCAGGUCUGAGCCUGGAGGAUCCCAUGAAGAUGAUGGACUCAAUCCUUAAUGAGAGUGGAGCUAUUUCUCAAAAUAUCAACCUCCUCGGCAAGGUUGAGCUGAUGGACUACUUGGACAGCAUUGACUGCAGUUUGGAAGACUUUCAGGCUAUGUUGUACGGGAAGCAGUUCAGCAUUGAUCCAGAUAUUUUAGAGGAGAGUGGUGGUUCCAAAGGAAAUGCAGGGCUGCUAUCCAAAGGAGGCAAGUCUGGCAUCUCUGCAGACAAGCAGCUGGUCCAGUACACGUCCUGCCCUCUGCUGGCCUUCCUGGAUGGCUGCACCCCUUUGGCCCCAGAGCCAGACAGCAGCAUAGCCACAGAGCUGGGAGACAGCCUGCUGCAGCCCAGCACUGAGGUACCCACAGACCUUCUGGAGCCAGAUGAGGAGCCUCCACGGAGCUCCCUGAUCCGCCUAGAGCCCCUGACUGAGGCAGAGGCCACGCUUUUCUACCUGUGUGAACUCAACCCAGAAGGGAGUGCCACUGACUCGACACAGCUGGAUAUUUAACCAAGGAGCAGAAAAACUCAAUGAUUUACUGUAUUUAUUUCCUCGUAUCAUUUGGUACAUUUAGGUCAGAAGACAUUCCAUAAUGUAGCUGUUGAUAUGGUUUCUCCACUAGCAGUUGAAGGUAAACCCUGAUUAAAGAAAAGGCUGCAAUUUUGUUUCACUGUAUUAUUGAUUCCUGUAUUGAUAGGUCAAUGAUCACAUCAAUCUUUAAAUGAAAAAAACAAGUGCCUGCGCAUUUCCUUGUCCUAGAACUACAGUGCUCAGCAUUUCAAAUACUGCAGUCUGGUGUGUAUCAUAAGGUGUCGUGUUAUAAGACUGUGAUUUUGCGAGAUUCACUGUUAAGCUUCACAAUGAUAUUCAAAUAAAGUGUUUUCAUUCUGAA